GCAAGUUGCAUUAUCUACCCAGGGUUAAAAACUUGGAUUUUGGCCUAUAAAUGGAGGCAUUAGGGACACCACACACAGCAAUAAUAGAAACGAUGGAGGAGAAGAGCAGCCAUGCCAAGAGACAAAAAGGUGGCAUGAUCACCAUGCCCUUCAUAUUUGCAAAUGAGAUCUGCGAGAAGUUGGCCGUGGUGGGGUUUGGUGCUAAUAUGAUUACCUACUUGACAACGCAACUGCAUAUGCCAUUAACACAAGCUGCUAACACUCUCACCAACUUCGGAGGAACUGCUAGUUUAACACCUCUCAUCGGAGCCUUCAUCUGUGACGCAUACGCCGGCCGCUUCUGGACUAUAGCAGUUGCUUCCAUCAUCUAUCAAAUGGGAAUGAUUUCUUUAACACUGUCAGCAAUUCUUCCACAGCUGAGGCCGCCGCCGUGUGAAGGUGAACAAGUGUGCCAACGGGCAAACACUGAACAGCUCACAGUUUUAUAUGCAUCUCUCCUCCUUACAGCUCUCGGGUCGGGUGGAAUCCGACCCUGUGUGGUGGCAUUCGGGGCGGACCAGUUUGAUGAGAAAGACCCGAAACAAUCGUCAAAGACUUGGAAAUAUUUUAAUUGGUACUAUUUUUGUAUGGGGGCCUCCAUACUUGUGGCUGUGACAGUGAUUGUGUACAUUCAAGAUAACAUUGGAUGGGGCUGGGGCCUGGGUAUCCCAAGUGCUGCAAUGUUCAUUUCAAUUAUUGUAUUCAUUUUCGGGUACCCGCUUUACCGGAACUUAGAUCCAGCUGGGAGCCCAUUUACCCGAUUGAUACAAGUAUGUGUGAGUGCGUUUAGAAAGAGAAAUCUGGGUAUGGUUUCUGAUCCAAAAUUGUUGUACCAGAAUGAAGCGCUUGAUGCCUCCAUUUCUGUUGGUGGAAAGCUUCUCUAUACUAAACAUUUUAAGUUUCUCAGUAAAGCAGCGAUUGUGACUGAAGAAGACAAUCUGAAAUCUCCCAAUCUAUGGAGAUUAAACACAGUCCACCGCGUGGAAGAGCUAAAGUCAGUGAUCAGAAUGGGACCAAUUUGGGCAGCAGGAAUUCUCCUAAUCACAGCAUAUGCACAACAAGGCACGUUCUCCUUGCAACAAGCCAAAACCAUGGACAGGCACCUCUCAAAAUCCUUCCAAAUCCCCGCCGGCUCCAUGUCUGUCUUCACCGUGGUCUCUAUGCUCUCUACAAUCGCUUUUUACGACCGAAUAUUAGUCCCCAUCACCCGGAAAUUCACUGGCCUCGACCGCGGCAUCACCUUCUUGCACCGCAUGGGAAUAGGCUUUGUCAUAUCAAUAUUAGCCACUUUUGUUGCUGGCUUCGUUGAAGUGAAGAGAAAACAAGCAGCAUUGGCACACGGGCUCGCUGAUAAGCCUCAUACAGUUAUUCCCAUUUCAGUAUUUUGGCUUGUUCCUCAAUAUAGUCUUCAUGGAAUAGCUGAAGCCUUUAUGUCAAUUGGUCACUUGGAGUUUUUUUAUGACCAAGCACCAGAAAGCAUGAGGAGCACUGCCACUGCAUUAUUUUGGACCGCGAUUUCAGCUGGGAAUUAUAUUAGUACACUUUUGGUGACACUGGUGCACAAGUUAAGUGCAAAAGCUGAUGGAUCGAAUUGGCUGCCGGAUAAUAACUUGAACAAGGGAAAACUGGAGUACUUCUACUGGUUGAUCACAUUGAUGCAAGCUGUUAAUCUUAUUUACUAUAUAUUCUGUGCCAAGAUGUAUACUUAUAAACCCCUUCAGAUCCAUAACAAAGAAACUGACCCUGAAGAUGGAUUAGAGCUUGAGAGCAAGGCAUAAAUAUGCAGCUUCAUGGCAUAAUUAGGAUUUUAAGUAGUUAAUUUAAUGUAGAAAACUUGUGGCUAAUGUAUUUUCUAAAUAAUAUGCAUGUAAAAUUAUCACAUAGAAAUAAUUAGUCUAUCUGGUUGACCACCCUGAAA